UUCAAUGUCCGGUUUGAAAGCGCCAAAUACAAUAUUGUUACUGAUUUUUUGUUGAAUAUAGAGCUUUCUUUGUUGCUCUUUUUAUUCAUAGAAUGGCAGAAUCUCCACAAUGGAAGAAACCUUCAGAUAUAAUGAAAAAUAUGAGAAAGAAGAAAAGAAUUUCCUUGCAAAGAGUUCCAUCAAAUGAUUCAUUUUCGAAUCCAGUUUUCGGGGACAUGACAAACACUUCUUCACAACCAAAAAGACGUAACCCCUUUUCAAAAGACACAUCAGAUGAUACACAACCAUCCUCUAAACGGCCAAGGAAGUCAGUCGAUGACGAUCAACAUAAUGAUUCAGUUGAUCAGAUUUCUUUCUUUAAAAUGUUUAAUGAAUCGAAUAAUACGAGCACAUUGUCAGCAGAGAAAGGUAUUGAAAUAGAGAAGACACCAACUCCAGUUUUUCUACGAGAGGAAGAAGACAGUCAGUCUCAGUUUGCCUUCAUUGAAAAGAUUUUCAGUGCAAACAAAAAUAAGCAACCUGUCCCCGUCAGUAAGAAAGAAGUAAAGAAAGAAGAACCAGUCUGUACAUCAACUUUUCCAGUAGACUGGAGUUUAAAGGUCAAAAUGAGGGUGGUGUCAUCAACCCCACUGACAUGGUGUACACAGCUGAAGACCAUGGAGGAGGCAGUUGGUGUAACACAGUUUACAACUGGUCAAAAACAGGUUACAGGCAAUGAUAAGUCAGAGUUCCAGAGCUGUUGUCUUUACUGGAUCUAUCCAAGCUUUCCAUGGAUGAAAAUGUUCCCAAGAAUAGUACCAGAUAAUAAUAUAAAAAGAUCAUCAAUAGAUUUGUUACAAGAUGAUGUUCAGAAAUCACUUCAGAAUGAAUGGACUGAGAGUUUUUCUUCAGCGUUUCACCAAAUGAGAGCACAACAAUGUCCGUAUUUUUAUGUGUGCACACAUCAAUUUUCAGUAUUGUUUAGAGCUAAGGGAGUAGCAGGUAGUUCUUCUAUGUGUGCUUUUCUCACACCAACUACAAGGGGAUUGAGAGAAUCACUAAAGAAUGAAGAUAUUGAGUUUUCCAUGCCAGUUUUAGAUAAUAAAAAGAGAAAAUCUGCAGAAAGUUUGUUAGAACUUGAGAAAGAAAAUCAAGAAAUAGCUGAAAAAUCUAAAAGUACAUCUAACCUUAAAGAUGAGGAAGAAGAAGAUGAAGACUUAAUAGAUACAGAUGAAGGGGCCCAUGUUUGGCUAGAAAGUAUAGGCUUGGACAAGAAAUCUUUUCCAUCACUCGAUCCAAACAAAGUUAAAAUACAAAGAGAAGGUUUUAGGGUGAUAGAUAAUCGUCCGGAAUCCUUAGUUUAUGUUGAAGGAACCAGUGUGCAUGGACUAUUUAAUUUUCUGCUGAACUGUCGUAGCUGCAUAGCAACAAGUGGUCCACAAGCAGGAGUACCACCAUCUAUAUUGUCACCAUCAUCAUUUAAAGGAGCUGCUCUAAAGUCUCAUAAGGUUAAACAUUCCAUAGCCAGACAACCAGAUGUUGAUGGCAAUAUACGACAAGUCCACAUUUUAGAGGUGGCCGGGCCAGUUCUUCCACACCACGUACAAACCAUAUCAUCUCUCUUACAUCGGACUCAAAACCAGGACUUUAGUUUGACUUUCAAUACACAUGAACCUUCUCAGCCAUUUAAUGUCAAAUGUCCACCUGGUGAUGAAAAUAUUGUGGAAAAUUGCAGACAGUCAUUCUUAAUGGAGGAUAAAACAUAUGAUUCAUUUUUCAGUAAACAAUGUAUAGCAGACAGACUUACCUGUAUACAUGAAUUAACUUGUGAAAAAGAAGGUUAUACAUGGAUAUCUUGAUAUCUAAUUUAAUCUGUAGGAUUACUUCCGGAUUAUGUAUGUACUAGCCUAUUUAAGGUGUUGCCUUUCAUUAUUAGGGGCUUCUUGUUACGAAAGUCACAGUUACCGAGACAAGUUUAUUACUAAUUUACAUCUACUAUAAAUUAUGUUUGAGCUAGCCUAUGCAAGGUGUUGCCUUUCAUUAUUAGGGGCUCCUUAUUAUGGAAGGCAGUUAGCGAGACAUAUUUAUUACUAUCCUGUAGCUGUGGCAAUUUAAACUUCUUCUUAAAAGCUUUAUAUUCCAAAAGGAAGAAAACCUGGAUGCUUCAUACCUUGAAUGCAGAUACCUGAUGUCACGAAAGUGUGUUUAUAAAAUAUUCAUUGUCCUUGACCUCAUUUUCAUAGUUCAGUGACUGCUUAAAAAAUAAAAAAUGUUUGUCAUUUGAAUUUCUUCCUUAUAAUGAGUAAUAGUAUAUCUAUAUUUGGUAUAUUAGUUCCUUGGUAGGAAUACAUUUUGAUCAGAUAGGGUUCAACUUUUUGGUUUAUAAGCUCUUCAUUUUUGUAAUAUAUUUUGUCUUUUAAAUAUUUUGGCCUCAAGAUUCAAUGAGAAGACAUUCUGGUGCACAAACAUUAAAACCUUUAUUGUUUUUUUCCUGCUUCAGAAGUUAGGAAGUGUUUUAAAUCCUAUGUCAUAUAUACAUGAUAUAUGUAUACGAUAUGAUGAGAGGUAAACACAUCUGAAAUAUUUCUCAUCUUUGAUCUCAUUUUCAUACAAAUUAUUAAUCACCUGAUAAUUAUUUUAGUAUUGUUGAUUAGUAUUUUUGUUAUUUUACAAUCAUUAUACCAUUUACUGUUCCUCAUCAACUAUACUUGGUGUAAAGAAUCAUAGUAGAUACAUGUGUCUGUCUCACUGGGUCCAUCUGACUUUCACCUCAUUUUCAUGGUACUUUUUGUCAACAUUGAAUUUUUGUAGUUAUGACUGUUACUCUGAUACUAUAAUAAAUAGGUCAAUUAUAUUUUGAGUAAAAAUGACUUUAGUUUAUAAUGUGUCCAUCCGACAGCAUUUUUGUGACCCAUGACCUUAUUUUCAUGUAUCAUUUAUAAUGUUAAGUUUGUGUUUUAAAUGAAAUAAGGUAUGGUACCUGAAGACUAACAACACAAAAUUUAAUUAUGAUUACUUAUACUGGCAAGAUAUUUCAGCAUGUGCACUAUUUAUUUCUCAUAUUGAUAAGAUUUCAGUAUUUAUAUAAAUUGUAAAACCUUAUUUUGUUUUUAGUUAUUGAUAAUAUAUGUAUUUUUUCCUUAUUUAUUAACAUAUUUUUAGGCUUAUUUGCCAGCUGUAAUAUGCUGUUGUUUUAUUUAAAUAAAUUCAUCAAAUUUA